GUAUAAACGUAAUAUAGAAGAGGUAAUAGAUAACAUCAAACUUAGGCUUUAAGCAGCAUUUCAGAUGGUGCCCAAGAUUAUCAUUGUUGUUUGUUUCUAUAUUUUCCUUUCUUCACAAUUGCGCCCUUCAAUGGCGCAAACUAAUUGGAUCAGGGCUGGUAUUUCCUGGUGUUCAUCAGACUAUGGACAACCCAUUUCGGAGAUUGAUUUCUCUCUUUUCACUCAUCUUAUUUGUGGUAGUGCUAAUGUGAAUUCUAGCUCCUACAGCCUCUCUUUGUCACCUACUCAAAAGGAACAUUUCUUUAGCUUCACAAGUAUCAUUAAACAAAAUAAUCCAUCAAUCAUUCCACUGCUAUCUGUUAUUAAUUCUGGCGAAGUCUUUUCUCAAAUGAUAAGCAAUUCAUCUAAUAGAAAAUCCUUCGUCGAUUCCUCAAUAAAAAUUGCCAGGCAUCAUGGUUUUGAAGGCCUAGACUUCCAAUGGGGAUUUCCACAGACAAGCCUGGAUAUGUUCUAUAUGGGUGUUCUCUUUAAAGAGUGGAAAGCUGCUAUUGAUUUAGAGGCAACUAACUCUGGUAAGUCGCCACUAAUCUUGACCGCCAUGGUUUAUCAUUCACCAAAGCUUUAUGGAUCAAAUUACCCUAUAGAGGCGAUACAGCAACAUUUGAAUUGGGUUCAUCUUUUUGUGGAUUUCAUUUACAAUGACAUUAACUGGGAAAGCCGUACGAUGGCUUUUGCAAGUCUGUAUGACCCAACUAAUUUUGACAAUUCGGAUACCGGUAUAAGAGAAUGGAUUGAUGCAGGAUUAUCAUCUAAUAAAAUGGUUUUCACUUUGCCUUAUUAUGGAUUUCAAUGGACGCUGAAGAACCCUAUGAACAAUGGUUUUGGUGCACCAGCAAAAAGAGUUGUCCUUAAUUCAGAAAAUGGGAUUGCAAGAUAUAUCCAAAUCAAGAAGUACAUUGAGCAAUACGGUCCUGAAGUUCCUGUUAAGUACAACUCAACUUAUGCGGUCAAUUACUGGGCAAAAGGAGCAACUUGGUACAGCUUUAAUGACGUUGAGGCCAUAAGAGUUAAGGUUUCUUAUGCCAAGGAAAACAAGCUACUUGGCUACCUUGCGUGGACUGUCACCGAUGAUUAUAAUUGGGUGCUUUCCAAAACUGCAGCUGAAAUCGACAAUGAUUCUUCGGUUCAGCAGGGUAAUAAAAAGGGACAAAAAAUUAGAACUUUGCUUGUAAUCCUUUUGCCUACAACAGCUGCUUUACCUCUUCUAUUAUCUGUGAUAUUUUACUGCUGGAAAAAUCUCAAAUUCAUCAAAGGGAUGGUGAACUCUCCUAAAGAGUCAUAUGACAAAGCAAAUAAAGUAGCAUCUGCUGGAGAUUUUAAUACCAACAUUCCUAAUCUAACAGAAUACGCAUUGGCUGAUUUAGAGGCUGCAACCAAUGGAUUUUCAAUUGAAAAUAAGCUUGGAGAGGGCGGAUAUGGCUCUGUUUACAAGGGAAUACUAACAGAUGGACAGGUAAUAGCGUUGAAGAAACUCUCAAAAACAUCCACACAAGGAUUUGAAGAAUUCAAAAAUGAGGUUACACUUACUGCCAAGCUCCAACAUGUAAAUCUUCUCCAAGUUCUAGGUUUUUGUUUAGAUAAAGAAGAACAAAUACUCAUCUACCCAUACAUGCAAAACAAGAGCUUGGACACUUACAUUUUCGACCCUAUUAGACGGUUAAUUUUGGAUUGGAAAGAGCGUAUGGAUAUUAUUGAAGGAGUAACUCAAGGACUCUUAUAUCUCCAAGAAUAUUCAAGAUUGACCAUUAUUCAUCGAGAUCUAAAAGUUAGCAAUGUCCUAUUAGAUGGAGAAAUGAAACCCAAGAUAUCUGAUUUUGGCUUAGCUAGAAUGUUUGAAAAAGAUGAUGUUGAUGAAGCAAACACAAGUCAAAUUGUUGGAACAAUUGGUUAUGUUUCCCCUGAAUACAUUAGCAAAGGCACAUAUUCAACUAAAUCGGAUGUUUAUAGUUUUGGGGUUCUACUUUUGCAAAUCAUCAGCGGCAAAAGGAUUUCCCUUUUAUAUGGGCCAAAUGACAAUCUAAGUCUUCCUGACUACGCAUAUGAGCUUUGGAACAGUGGUAAAGGUAAGGAGUUUAAGGAUGAAUCAUUAGACGAUACAAAUUUGUCUUGUAAAUUAAUCAGAUGCUUGCAAAUAGCUCUAUUAUGUGUCCAAGAAGAUCCAGAUGAUCGACCAUCCAUGUUAGAAGUUUUUGUGAUGCUCAAAAGUGAAAACAAAGAUAUCGCAAUUCCAAAGAAGCAUGCUUUUUCGAAAGAAUAUGAACAACAUAAAUCUACUAUGCAGUUGGAAAGUUAUUGAGGGAGCACUUCAUCAAUUAUUGAUGUUACAACUUUAAAUGUGUGAGCUAGAUUAUUUAUAUAACAAUAAUAUUUUAUGCACUAAUAAUUGAUACAAA